UAGCAACAGUGUUUCUUUGCAUGAGUUUUAGCUCUUCCUAUCCCAUCUCUUCUUGGAUAGAGACAUACCAGCUUUCACAGAGCAAGGGAAUAGGGUUCCCCAAACCUCUUAAAAGCACCCUAGCAUGAGAGCAAUUGAAGUAAACUAGACAAAAUUCUGACUGCAUCUUUCACAAGAAGUGCAUACUGUCAAUGCCUGAUGAUGACAGAGAAAUACAGACCGCUCCAUGCAAUAAUGCUGUUGGUAUAUCUUAAACUGGAGGGAUCACUGCCAGUUAAUUCAGCAGAAUUACAGAUUUUACAAAACUUCUUUCUAGAGCCCUGGGAUGUAGACAGUUAAUGGCUUCAAGCAGCCAAAGAGUAGGAAUCGGAUGUGAAUUUCCAGAUGAGACUGGUACAGCUUGUUUAGUAGGGAACUACUCAUACAGUACAGGAGAUCUUGGGCCAUGUGGUGUCCAAUGUUCCUUCUGCCUAAAGCACCUCUUGCCCAUUCUUCCAUUGUCACUGCCUUCUAGGGAAGGUGUAAUCAAAACGAAAACUUUAAAGGGAAUUCGGUACCGUUUUUUCACACACAAAUAUUCCUUUUUAACAUUUUAUAGUUUAAUAACGAGUCAGGCCAAUUUAAUGCUACUUAUGGCAGAGACUAAACCGCUUGCACUUCAAUGCAAAAUUUUCACAGUGACCUCUGCAGCGUUUAAGCAAAAUCACUUCCAGAAUGUAUGCCAGUUAGGUGUGCUGACCUAUUGAUAUAAAAUCAUUUGAGGUCACUGUUAAAUUUGUGUUAAAGUGCAAGUUUGAAGCUGAGAUACGUAUUGAUUUUGGUUGUCUGUUGGAGAUAAGCUUUCACUUCUAUCAACAGUGUUGUAUGAAGGUGGAAAGGAAUGUAAAUGUCUUUCCUCUUAAAUCGUGGAAACAAAAAGUUAAGGUUUUGGGCGGAGGGAGUGUGUCCUGUUCCAACCUUAUCUGCCACUAAAAAUAGUUCUUGUUUGCUAAGCUAGUUUUCAUCCUUUCUGUUGAAUGGAGAGCAUUUAGCUUGUUUGCCAGAUUAGAAAUAGAAUCCUUUUGUUGUUCAAGAUUAAAAGUUGUAGCAUAUCAAGCACUGUUUCUUACAGACAAACCGAACAGUGGUGGAGAAAUUAUUGAAAAACUGGCUCACAAGUGGGGGGUAGCAUUUUUUGUGUGACUUCUUUGCAAAGGAGGGAAUCAGAAGGUGAGAAACAGGGCAUCUCAGAGGUACUGCUCAUGCCACUAUUAUUGAAGUGGUGUUAGCACUACCAAUAUAAAACCUCUUUUACAGGGGGCUUAUAAGUCAUCUGUAAAAAUUCAUUCCUAGCUAAAACUUGGCAUUUAAGGUUUCUGCAAGAGGAUGGUUUCCCUGCCCCCUUUCCCCGCCUUAAAUUUGGUCAAAAAAAGUAGAUCUUCAAUAGAAACUUUUUGUAUGCUCCCUAUCACUAGUCACAAUGGCUCUUUAUAUAAACAGAAACAAAAAAACCAUCUAAUUGGACAGGCAGUGGGAUAAAUUCUGUUCUCAGCUAUACCAGUGUAGAUCUAGAGAAACUCCAUUGACUUCUAAUGAGUUGAAGUGGACAUCACUGAAGUCAUUUACAUUGUUUAAACAAAGUAAACAACAGUCCACAGUCUGUUAGUUGGUCCACAGUCCUUAGUCUCUUCACUCUCCUACUGGACCCACUCGACCCAUUGGCUUUAACUCCUCUAAAUCACUGAGUUCACGGGGAGUGGGAGUAAAAGGAAGUGAACUGUUCAAACAGACUUCCUGGAUGAACCCCAGGAAGCCGUGACUAGCUCAGAUAUGACUUACAUUAGUAUUGAGCUAAUGGUGUUCUCUGCUCUGGUUAAUGCAUUGAUUUGAUGUAAAUGUUUGCCUGGAAUGGAAUCUAGAUCUCCUGGUUCCAUUCUCUAUCCACUGGCCCAUUCUGCCUCCCUUUUACCCUUGUGCUCAUCUGUUAGUAGGGAGAGGAUUUUUUUAAACACUUGCUCAUUGGCUGACUUUUUGGAUCUGUAAAGCAGCGUGGGGCAGUGGGUGUUCUUGACAUGUUCCAUAUUGUACCCUGUACAUGCCACACACAUUCUGCAGAAAUGUUGCAGACAUCCUCAACUUGUUUUUCUUAAGUUUCUUAGCUAAGGGCUUACCUAUACUUGGAAAUUGACUGAAAUAACUGUUGUGGAAUCAUUAUUUCGGUGUAAGGCCCUGUGUAGACACUUUUUUAUUCUGGAAUAAGAGUGUUUUUUUCUGAUUUAGCUUAAUCCACUAUAAUCCUUUUCCCAUUACAGCAUUAUUACCUCGAAACCUGUUAGUAUUUAAGAUGUCUGUGAAGUCACAAAGCAGAACACUUACAUGUGGAUUUUAGGACCUGUGAAAUGCAUAGGCAUCAUUUAUCAUAAAAACAUCAAUCCUGUAGGCUAAUAGUCUAAUUUUGGGGAGCCUGGAAGACCGGGCUUCCCAGCAAUUUGUGGAAAUUUUUGAUUUAGCAGAAAGUGAUUUUUCCAUUGGAAAAUCAUUCUGACAGAAGGGUCCCAACAGUGGUAGAAAUUGCCUUUUUGGCUACUAGAUGAUCAUUGUAAGCAUGUCCAUGAAAUUGAUAUUCCCAAUCUGGUAUAUGUACAUGUAAUGGUUAAAUCUGCCUUUUGCUAUCAUAGAUCAUUCUAACAGGUGUUUUGGUGCUAAGGAGUUAAAUUAUUAUUGGCUCUUGUUAGUACUCCAGCAAGCUGUAUCAUCCUUUACUUGUAGGCAUGUGUCAUUAUAGGUGCAGAGUUCUUUGUUGUUUGUUAAAGCUUCCAAGCUCAUUGCAAGAGUAAUCUCCAAUUUGAUCCUCACAGCUGAAAGCCCCACUGUUCACUGUAAGCAGAGGUGAAAGUAAGCCGGGACGGUCUGGCGUACCAGCAAGAGCCAGUAUGCCAUGCCGGACCGGACUGGCUUCCCCAAGCUUCCCGCAGCAGCAGGAGCCCCAGGCCCUUUAAAGUGCCCCCUGACCCAGCUGCUGGAGCCCCGGGGUAGCGAUUUAGGGACUCAGCAGUGAUUUAAAGGGCCCGGAGCUCCGCUGCAGUAGCAGCGGCCAGAUCCCGGGGCCCUUUAAAUCGCCCCUGAGCCCCAGGGCUCCCAGCUACCUCUGCAGCUGGUAGCUCCAGGGGUGAUUUAAAGGCCCAGGGGCUCCCAGCCGCAGCCAGAGCCCUGGGGCCUUUAAAUCUUGAUUUAAAGGGCCUGGGUAUUUAAAGGCCACGCCUCUUCUGGUUGAGGCCCCGCCUCUUCCGGUCGAGGCCCCGCCCCUGCCCAGGACUCUGGAGUAUCGGUAAAUUCCUUUUACCCCUGACUGUAAGGGAUGGGUAAUCACAUCAGUCAAUAGGAACUGGCUGCUGGAUCUCUGCAUUUUUCAUGGCUGCCGUGUGGUAGUUGGCUCUACUCAGAGGCAGGCAGGCAUACAUUGGGUCUGGUGUUUAGCUUGUGAGCUGUAGCUCACGAAAGCUCAUGCUCAAAUAAAUUGGUUAGUCUCUAAGGUGCCACAAGUCCUCCUUCUCUUUUUGCGAAUACAGACUAACACGGCUGUUACUCUGAAACCUGAGUAGAGAUUAUAAUUUUAGCUUGGAAUGUUGAUUUUAGAUGGAAGUGUUGUCUAGGAGAUUUCAAUUAAAAAAAAACUAUAUUUUUUUAGUGAUUUAAGAUUGUUCUGUAAAGUGGUCUUUGCAGUGAUUCACCAUACACCACAACCUGAAUAAUUCUUACACAGAUGCAGGGUUACCAGCCACCCAGAUGUUUUAUUGGGGCAAGAAUCCUGUUUUGAUGGUUCACCCUAUAAGGAUUGAUGGAAUAAAAUGAGCUACCAGGCAGCUUUGAGAGAGAACGUUGGUCAACUGAUUGAUCACUAUUACCAGCAUGGUAGGAUUUCAUAAUGGUCUUUUGCUCUCAGCUACUAGUAAUGGCAUUACAACACUUUUUCCUCUGGCUUCAUCCUCACAGGUCACUUCAGUUUACUAAUGAUGUGUGAGAGGUGAAGCAGGAAGGGAAGUGGCUAGAGCACAAGUGACAGAAAUCUUGGUCUGAACUUCAGCAAUUGUGUCAUAAAUGUUGGAAGUCUUCUGAUGUGGCUGUACUUAAGGCAAAUGUAGUGUUUUUUCCCCAUCUGCUCUUGAUGAAAUGAGUGUGACCUUCUUUAUCUGGUGCUGACAUUGCUGGGCUUAUCCACAAAUUUAUCACCUCAAGAUUAGGCUAUUGUAAUAUGCUGUACCUGGGGCUACACGGUGAAACUAUCUAGUCACUGAUGCUAAUGCAGAACAUGGCCACUCACCUACUAGACGUGUUAGCAGCGAACACAUCACCAGGACACUGUAUUUAUAUUGGCUGUCAGUACGCUUCCAGAUGGAGUUGGAGGCAUUGGCUUUAACCUGUAAAGGUUUACAUGGUUUGCGAUGUGGUUACCCUAAGGGACAGCCUGCCUCCCUAAGUGAAACGGCUGCAGGCACAAUCAGUGAAGAUCCUUGAACUGGAGCCCUCUUGCCUGGAAAGAGAGGAGGCAGCUGGCAGGGCAUUUGUUAUAAAGCGUCCUCAACUUCAGAAUUCACAGCCUCUUGGUUGAUAGAACUCAGACUUUUUAAUCAUGUGUUGCAAAGCCCAUCUUUUCUAUUGGCCAUUUGGGAAAGAGGCAAGUUAAUGUGAUGGGGUAUGUUGGGUGUGGGUGAGACUUGUCAAUAAGCUUUCCAUAGACUUGUAAAAGGUUGUAUUAAAUACUAUUUUAAAAUUGUGAUGUAUCUAGAGUUUGGGUUAGGAGCCGAUUAAAAUAAAAUUUUGGAAAGUGAGAUUGGAUCCACAUGACUAAAUGGUUGCUAACGUCCUCAGUGAAAGAAGUAAAAUUCUACUAUACUAUAAGACGCCCUGUCAGUUAUGACAUUGAUCAAAAUGUUCUUGCUUUUAAAGAUUAUUUGUUCAAAAUAAGAUAUUUUAAGCAUGACUUCAUCACUCUUGUAAUAGAUCAUUCACUAUAAAAUAAGACUACAAAGUACAUUUGUUAAAAUGUAAAACCAAAAACAUACCUGUAAAUAUCUCAAGAAUUCCAGAACAAGAGACUCAUAGUAUCACAACAUAUGCAUCUAUUUAUUUAUGUGGGAAACAAAUACAACUUUUAAAAAAUGAUCACGAUAUUGAAUACUCUAUUCUAAAAGCCUACAAAUACUGGAUAUUAAGGCCUUUGUGUUAUUAAGCAACAUUUAGAAAUUGCUGCAAGAAAAGAAUGGCAAAUACGCAAUCAAAGUUAGGAAUUUACAGAUAAGUUUAUUAUUAUUUAUUAUUAAUAUAAAAGUGAUAGCUCCCCCAAGUUAGACAGUCUCCCGGUCCCCCAGCCAUUACGUCAGGACUUAAAGCUAGACAAGGCCUGGUGUAGUGCUUUCAUAGGUAUUAUUCUUUUCUAAGACCAAUAUUCUCAAAGAAACAGGUUUGUACAGAGAUUCUCUGAACAUGUUUGUGUUAUAAAGCAGUCAUGGAAUUUGCUUCUGAAUUAUACAGACAGCCUGGUGUUCUGGUUGCCCUUGAGAUGUGGGUGGCCUCUGAAGACAUUGCACGCUGCACACUUACAGCAAAAACAGGUCAGAGACAAAAUGCUUUUUUUUAACACAUUUGGGUUGACUGAGGGAUGGAAACAUCAAAGGACAGGAAAUCUCAGCGCAAAGCCAGUUUCUUUGCCCAUGUCUGUACUAACAGUUGAAGAAUUCACUCCAAAUACGCUGUCAUGAAUGGCUGAAAACAAUAUACUACAUUGAAUUUAAUACAGUGCAUUAAAGCACAUCCAUGUCUAGGUUGUCAGACAGUAAAAUAAUUUCUCUAGUAGUGUGUUUGAAUAGUAAACAUAGCUCAGAGUGUAUGUAAUGUGUUAGGUGAAUAACUGCUGCUUUAUGUACCAUAACAGGAUUUGUUACUUCCAUGUCUUAGAGUGGAGCAUUUGCACCAGUAUAUUUAAUAUUAUGGGCCUGACUCUGCUCUCUUUCACACUGGUUUUCAUACCUUGUACAGCACCAUUUAUUUCAGUGGAAUGAUCCUGGUUCUCACUAGCGUAAGUGAGAGAAGAACCAUGCCCUAUUUUUAGACUUUUGUUAUUAAAAACCUGUGUGGGGAAUUGUAACAUGGCUGUACAAAAGGUUAGGGAUGAUGCAAAGGGAAACCCUGUAGAGGGGUACUCAGAAACAUUUAAUUUGAUCUGUGCCUCAGCUUGGAUUUUGUGAUGAUUAUACAGAUGCCAUGAGGCUGUGGUAUUUUCUCCUUGUUUAUGCUUUUCAGCCAUUAUCAGAAAUUGACUAAUGCUAGCUGCUCAGCCUUCAAUGGCAGGCGGAGGGCAAAUAAAUUUCUAAGCCCUCAUUGUGUGCUGUGUAGUCCUGUUAUACCAUUUAUGCACAAAUGGACUUUGUGGUCAGGCUCAUCUUUUGUUCAUUAACAGAGCAAAACGGAUUGGAUUAGUGCAGAUGCCUCACAAACAUCUGAAAAAUGGAGGGGGAUUGUUUCUAGGCAGUCACUUGGCUGACUGGCCACAUGUGGCUACUUUCAACUGUCUCUUGAGUCACAGAAUAUACACCUCUUUGGCUCUUGUAAUAAAAUUAUAAGGACCUAUGCAAGCGUGCCAUGGGAUCCCAAACCCUUGCAUUAAAAAAUACAAAUGGUUUCCAUGCGGACAAGGCAACUCAACACUCUUAUAAUAAUCUAGGGCCUGAUCACCAUUCUCCCCUCAAAUGGGAAGGGUUUCUCAUCCUUCAGUGGGGAGAAGGGGCAUAGUUUACAAAACCUUGACUGCACAGCAUGCAUGGGUUCAUGUAGCUUAGCUGCUGCUCUCCUUACCUGCUCCCAGCUCAGUUUCUGGCAGCCUUAGCUGCUUUCCACCAUCCUCAGUGGGAGCGGAUAUCUGGCCCCCACUCUCGAAAGGUGUGCCACAAACCAGGGGCUUAACUAGUACCACUGCUGAGGGAGCCAAUUACAGACCCCAGUGUUGCUGUUGUGGUAACAAGUAUUCUGAUAAAAGGAGUACUUGUGGCACCUUAGAGACUCACCAAUUUAUUUGAGCAUAAGCUUUCGUGAGCUACAGCUCACUUCAUUGGAUGCAUUCAGUGGAAAAUACAGUGGGGAGAUUUAUAUACACAGGGUGUAUAUAAAUGAAACAAUGGGUGUUACCAUACACACUGUAAGGAGAGUGAUCAGGUAAGGUGAGCUAUUACUAGCAGGAGAGCGGGGGGGGGGGACUUUUAUAGUGAAAAUCAAGGUGGGCCAUUUCCAGCAUUGACAAGAAUAUCGGGGCGCGUGGGUGGGUGGAAUAAACAUGGGGAAAUAGUUUUACUUUGUGUAAUGACCCAUCCACUCCCAAUCUUUAUUCAAGCCUAGAUGAAGUGAGCUGUAGCUCACGAAAACUUAUGCUCAAAUAAACUUGUUAGUCUCUAAGGUGCCACAAGUACUCCUUUUCUUUUUGCAGAUACAGACUAACACAGCUGCUACUCUGAAUCCUAAGUAUUCUGAUGUGUCCUGCUCCAAAGCUGUCAAAAUAUGCCCUCGCUGCAGUCAUUGCUGUUCACUCUGCAGGAGGAAGACCAAGCCGAGGAAGGCAACAGGCAAUUCUGAGCUGGGUAUUGUGAAUAGGGAAGGAUGAUUUUUAAGAACUUAAAAAGCUUCUGGGCCGUGUCUCUCCUCAGAAGCAAAUCCAAACGACUUAUCUACAGGGCCGGUAGGACACUGCCCGGUCCAGUAGUGUGUCUUGUCAUGUGCAAGACUGGGAAGAUAACAUGGUUAUUUGAGAUACUAGCUUGAUGUCUGUGAUUUUGUCAUCUAAGAUAAAAAUGAUAUUUCAUAAGGGGCCCAAUUCUCAGCUGGUGUAAGUUGGCUUCAUUCCCUUGACUUUGGUGGAACUGAAGUUUAUACCAGCUGAGGUAGAAUUUACCGUGUGCGAUAUUUAAAAUACGGUGGUGACUGCUCACAUACGAUCAAAGCUGUAGGUACUCAUGCUCUGAGCAAAGCUCUGCCUUUUGCAAUAGCCUUUUGUCUGCAGACUAGCCUCCUAUUUUCAGUUUAUUACACUCUAUAAAUGGGUGCAAUUUUUGUGGGUCACUAAAGAGCACUCAGAACCUGUAAGAGUUAACAAACAGGAAUUAAAACUACUCCGAACUUUUUUUUAUGAUACAGAGAAAAUGAGCGUCUCACUCUGUUAAUGACCUUCGAACUUAUUGAGCACAAAAUUGGCCAAAACGUGCCCAACAUAUAUCUUGAAAGAAAUCUUGUCUAGUAGGUCUCUCUGAUGAAAACUCCCAUCGCUGUAAUUUAAAAUACUAUUGCACUGUUGGUGGCAACAAUUAUAUGGCUUCACCUAGGGAAUAUCUUGCUCUCAUUCUAAUUUAUAUUUCUUGUGACCUUUCUUUUGUUCUUCUGCUAGUCUUAUCUAGAUGUAUCUAAUUUAUUUAUCCCAUGCCUAACACCAUAGUAACUCAAUCAGUCAGAGUCUUACCAUUGGUUUUAACAGUACUAAGCCUAGGCCUUAUGGUUUGUGUAUGUAUUUGUAUUUUCUCAAAGUAUUUAGAAAAUCAUCUGCUACAGGACCAGAUUCUACACUGACUAUGGGCAAAACUCCCAUUAGCUUCCUGUGAGAUAUGUCAGGGUAGAAUGUAAGGAGAAUUUGACCCAUGUAGUUCAUUACUUAUUUACUGUUCUGUUUCAUAUAAUCAUAGAGUGUUAGGGUUGGAAGGGACCUCAGGAGGUCAUCUAGUCCAACCCCCUGCUUGAAGCAGGACCAAUCCCCAGUUUUUGCCCCAGAUCCCUAAAUGGCCCAUUCAAGGAUUGAACUCACAACCCUGGGUUUAGCAGGCCAAUGCUCAAACCACUGAGCUAGUGUUUGUGACUUGGCCAAUUAGGAUGAGUAAGGGUCUCCAGUUUGUCUGACAUUUAUACAUUGGAACUUCUUGUCAGUGUGCACAAAGGAGUGGAGAAAAAUAAUCUCCUAGUAAACACUUUUCCUGAAUAUGAGAGAGAGAGACAAAGAGUGUGUGUGUGUGUUUGUGUGUGUGUGUGUGUGUGUGUGUGUGUGUGUGUGUGUGUGUGUGUGUGAGUGAGAGAGAGAGAGAGACGAGGAGAGCACAGAGUUUUUUCCCUUCCUUAUAUCCUCCCACUAUGGCCAGCCAUAAUCGCAGCCAAUGUUCCCUCUAAUUUUUGACAGGCUGUGUGCACAAAAAAUUUCUUCUGUGCAAAUUGUUGUACACACAGUGUUUUGCCGUGUGCGCGGGGUUUAGGAUCUGUGUGCACGCGCACAGCUUAGAGGGAACAGUGAUCGCAGCCCCAUUGUUCUCCUGAGUGUAGGCACUGCUCCCUGAUAAUACCUCCCUGGUGGGACAAGGAGCCAUGGGAUGGAGGCUAGGACAUAGCAUCUUCUGCAAUACUAGGAGGAGGAGCUGUGGAGGGCAGUGCAUGUACAAUUGGACUCACUUCCCUAUAUGAUGGGUUGGUCUAGGAGACAUAGUAUGAGCUUCAGACUGGAACCUAGAAAGCCCCGAGUUUUAAUCCUGAUUCUGCUACAGGUUGCUUUAUGGGCUUAUGCAAGUCACUUGGAGCUGCACCAUGCCAUCAGAGGCACCGGACAUGACUCCCUGAUCUCUCCAGCAUGCAGGGAGCAUGUAACCGCUACUUAUACCGCAAACUCCUUGCAAGGCAGCCACUGAGAGCUUGAAAUGUCUGCUAACCAUUUUUUGCCUCUAGGUUCAGAGCUAUGGCAUUUAACCUAUGUGAAUUCCUCAGGCGUUUUCAGUUCAUGUAAGCAACAAUGCCUAAAAUGGAGGAGCCAAAAAUAGAGAUCAGUUCCAAAGAGACGUGUGACUGGUGUUCAUUUAACAAACAGUUAAAUAUAUGGAUUUGUUGGAUUGACGGUGGAGUCGGGCACACAUCCCACGUAUGAAUGAAAGCAAGUGCAAGCCACAAGCACUGGUGUUUUUCAGCUGUUUAAAACACCUUUUCCACACCACAGACUAUAAACACAGUUUCUAGCACUUUAAAUGCAUUUGUGCUCUUCACAAUGCCACUGGCAAGCCACCUACCAGCCACUGCUCAGCUUGGAGGCAAGGAGAUGAAUUUAUUCCUAGUGUGUUCUCAGUGUGAAUCAUAGAAUUGUAGGACUGGAAGGGACCUCAAAAAGUCAUCUAGUCUAGUGCCCUGUACUCAUGGCAGGUCUAAGUAUUAUCUAGACCAUCCCUGACAGGUGUUUGUCUAACCUGCUCUUAAAAAUCUCCAGUGAUGGAGAUUCCACAACCUCCCUGGGCAAUUUAUUCCAGUGCUUAACCUCCCUGAGACUUGGAAAGUUUUUCCUAAUGUCCAACCUAAACUGCCCUUACUGCAAUUUAAGCCCAUUGCUCCUUGUCCUAUCCUCAGAGGUUAAUGAGAAUAAUUUUUUCCCUCCUCAUAACAACCUUUUAUGUACUUGAAAACUGUUAUCAUGUCCCCCACUCAGUCUUCUCCGCUCCAGACUAAACAAACCCAAUCUGUUCAAUCUUCCUUCAUGUUUUCUAGACCUUUCAUAGUUUUUGUUGCUCUUCUCUGGACUUUCUCGAAUUUGUCCACAUAGUUCACACGUGAUGCUUCAACAAUGACCUUGCUGCUCCACUACACAUUCCUCUUUUAUACUAACUUGGUUGAGUCUACUGGAUUUAGACUUUGCUAAAUCGGUUAAAUGCAAACACAUUUAUUAUCACUGUGCUUUGAAAAAAAAUCAGAAUUUAAAAGAAUGAGUGCUAGACUGAGAUCCCCUUAGUUGUACUAAGUAGUGCCUUACUCUGCAAGUCGCUCCAUUGACUAUUUGUGGAGUAAGGUGCUAUUUAAAGUGAAUAAGGGUAUCAGAAUCUGAUACUAAAUAAAUAUUAAACUAAUGGACAUUUUAAGUUGACCAUGUAAUAUUCGUUCCUCUUUAAGAAUAUUGCAUUUUUUUUCACAAUGUUGCCCCUUGUGCUUCUGUUGAUCACUUUAAAAUCCUUCUAAAAAUCUUUGGAUUUUUAAAAACUCUAGGCUCCAUUGAAUUCCUACCAUGUCUCUCUCAUCUUAAUGAUGUGUCAAUUCUUCUCUUCCAUGAUGAAAAACGAAUAGUCUCAAAGACUGCACACAGCUCCGGAGAGAGGAAAAUAAAGCUAGAUGCUUUCCUAAGAUCAAUGCCUGAAUGCUGAAGACACAAUGGUAGUUUUCUUUUUCAUGAUACCACUGCAAAUUCCCUCAUGCUGAAGGUGUCACAGAUUGCUUGGUAUUCGGCACCAGGCUCUUGUUUAUCCAUAGUGGACAACCCUAACAUAUGGUUAGCAAAGGUCACAUUCUGUUAUUAAAGUGUCAGUGAAGGUGUCAAAGACCAGACACUGAAUCUGUCUCCUCAUGUCACACUGCAGUCCUUAUUUAUAAAUGUGAGCUCAAGGGGACUAUGACAUCAUGCAGAGCUCCUGCCCUAGAGCCAGCAGUUAUGGAAUUAAGCUCUUCUGCUCACUGCACCUGAGCAGGUGGAGAAGCUUGGGAUAAUAGGACUCCUUAUGGAAGGCUCAUGUAGGGUCCAGUUCAGCAAGGCACGAAGCAUGUGCCUACCUUUGAGCUUGUGAGAAGCCACAUUAAAGUCAAUUUGAGUGUUUACAUGUGUAAAGUUAGGCAUGUGCUUAAGUGCCUUGCAGAACUGGGUCCUUAGGAGCUAAGAGUCUGAUCAUGACACUAAAAUCACUUCUACAGAUACUGUGCACUGUUAGAGCACUUAAGAAGUGCUUUUCUAUUUGUUUACAUCAUCAAAGCAAAGCUCCAACUUGAGAGGCAAGAAAAAGCAUGUGAUCUCAUGGUCUUUUAAAUGUUAUCUGUGGCCUAUGCUGCAUUAAUUCAUAAUAUUGUGGGUGGGUUUAUGAUGUUAACGGCACCAGUUUCCUUUUUUGGGUGGGGGAAUGGGAACAGAAAUAGAUAAUUACCAUAUUGCUAUAACCUUAUGCUCAAAUGGAUUAAAUGCAAAACACAGUUCAGCUUUAAACCUAGAGCUGCAACUGGUGCCUCCACAGCGUUGUUGAGACAGUCUCCUAGUACUAAUACAUCAAACCCCUCUAGUCCCUUCGUUCUGAGGAUCUCAGAAUGCUGUAUUACCAAGGUUAAUUGUGUCUCCCAACAUCCCCAUGAAGGAAGGGGAAUUAUUCGCCUUAUUUUACAGAUGGGUUAAGUGAGUCAAAGAGCUGUGUAUAAGCCCUUUGCUGAAUCAGGGCCUAAAUGCCUCGCCCAAGGUCACACAGUAAGUUAGUGACAUAGCUGGAAACAGAGCUCAGGAGCCCUGACUCCUAGUCUUCUGCACUAGCUGUGGUAAUGCUCAUAGGUUGUGGAGCCAUGCCCCAACCACUUUUUGGCCAAUACAGCCCAACUCCAGGAAAGUGAUCUGGUGGAGCCAGGGCUAGGAAGGGGGUGGGACAAGGUUGUGGGAGAGCCAGGUCUGCACUCUGUGACCAGUGUCAGCAGGCCAGAAUGGGGAGCUGGCCCAGCCGUGUGGGACAGAAGCCGCUGAAGGGUGAGUGCAGGGUGGGCUCGCUCUCCAACCCCUGCCCUAGGCCUCUGACACUCUGGAGGCAAGACCUGACCCCUCCCUGUGUGUUUCCCCCACUUGGUGCACCAUAGCCCAAUUGCACGAUAACAGUGUUCAAACCUUACAGCUUUUGAGACUACUCACAUUUUCUCAUACAGCCAACGGAGAACUGCAGGACCUACAAUGACCACAGUAGAGAUGAGAGAAUGCUGCUCACUUAUGCAUCCUGAAUAGCCAAGUCACAGCCCUGGCCCAAAGUGUGCAAAUGAACUAAAGGAAUGACUAAUAAUGAAUGAGGCUAAAUCUCCCCCAACACACACUCGCGUCACUAAUAUCCCCCUACUACUGUACUCUCUCCUUGGCAGGAUAUUGAAAGGUGACUUGCAGGCUUUUGUGGGAUCUGAAAGUAAUGUUUACAAUACGAUUACUGUCAUGUUGUCACUUCCUUCUGCUCUGUUUAUAUGAGAACCAGAUUCUAUGAGAUAUUUGCUACACAGGGAGACCUUAUUUUAUCUUUCAAAACUAAGUGACAAAAAUAAUUUUGUUUAUAAAUAAUGUGAGAAUCUGAUAACAUAACAAGCACAAAGGGAUAAUGCAUCAAAAAGCAAUUCUUUUUUGUUGGGGAACUGAAACUUGAAGAAUAAAAAAGCCUGCUAAAUUAAUUCACAGGCACACCGGUUGUAUUUGCUUAUCACUUGUCAUAAAUACAAAAAACACAGUGCACAAGCUACUAAUUCAUCAGAAUUCAGAACAUAUGUUGCUCUCCUGCAGAUGCUACAUGAACCAUAAUAUUUAUUGAAGCUUUUAGAUUGCAACUCACAACAAGAUUUUGUCUUGUCAACAAGGUUUUAUGAGUAACCUUGAGCAGCCAUGUGAAUUGUUAUAUAAUCCAUGGAAGAAUUUCAGACAGAGCAGGUGAAAGAUUUUCAAUCUGCAUGCUAUCUAACAGCUUAAGCAACCAUCAGGGUGAAGCUCAUGUCUUACAUGAAUAGAAGGCUUAUGAAAAUAGUAGGAUAAAAGUGUGUACUCUUAAGUUAGUGCUCUUGGAAAAUCUUGUAAAGGUGAUAGGCCUUUUCGACCCAUCAGUAUAUCUUUCCAUCAAUGCCUCAUUCUUCCUUUGCAAUAUCUGUUUGUCACUGGAAUAAAAGAGAUGAGAAUUGUGAGUGUUUUGUCACAGCUUAUAUAUCGCUCAGUUAGUGACAAGGAAAUCUACUAAUCAAUUUUUCCUCUGUACAUUUUCCCUUUUAUUGUCAAUAAUGCAUUUGAUGCCAUUUCUACGUUCUUAAGAGGCGUUGUGACAUAAGCGCCAUUUCUUUCUUUCUUUUUCUUUUUCUUAGUAAAUAUCAUUAUUCAGUCGGGUAUGUGAGUGUAGAAACAUUUUAUAUAAUGAAUUAAAUUGGCCACACCCACUUUACACCAUUUGUCCUCCUGGUUUAUUGCUAAAACUUGUUUCACUUUUGAAAAAAUUUUGCCUUUGCACACCAGAAAAAUUAAAAAGACAAAUUGCAUCAAUGAGCUAUGUCUGGUGUAUGGGAAAGGUAGCAUUAAAGCCACCAAGGGAGGAAAGCUUAAUGCAUUAGAUUUUCACCUCUGGAGACCAGGGAUUAAAUCAUGAAUGUGGCCAUUUCAUCCCAGUUUCUACUGAACAUUUAUUUACAUCACAAACCUACUAGCAAUCUGGUGAAAUUUGCUAUGAUUGGCAAUUAUUAUUAUUAAUAAUGUAUUAUGCCAAAUCCUGAAGAUCUUGCUCAGUGUUUACUCAGAGAAAACUCUCAUUGACUCAUGAAUUACCUGACAUUUAAGAUCUUAUUCACAGUUUCAGACUUAUAUGCAGUAUACGGUAAUUUAUCAUUCAAACAAUCUGAAUUGAAAAUGUGUUAAUGUAGUUAAUGUGCCAGAACGUAUCUCUAUUAAUGGCCUUCAGUGAAGUGAUUGGCACGUGUUGGCUGGUUUUCUUUUGGUAACUGUUAAAGAUAGAGAUGAGCUGGACAACACCCUGGAUCCAAAUCCCUUUAAUCUUUUGGAGAAUUUUGGACCUGGAUCCAAAUUUUGCAGCUCAUGCUCACCUCUGGUUAAAAUGCAAAGACUUUGGCAUUGCAGAAAUGUUUAGCACUGUCUCUGCUUUCCAGCUGUUUGAUCUUAGUUGUCCUAAGGAACAUUGAUGUGUUCUGUUUCUUUUUUACUUUGCCAGGCACAUGCUGAGCGCAGUUUUGUAUGGAAUUCCUGUUAACUUUGCUUUCUUUGGCUUCAAGAAUCACUUGCUUUACUGUAGAAGGUGCUCUGUAGCUUCUGAGGGAAACAAACGUGAUUAUGUUGAUGGACAUGUACAGCUGUAAUGAUAUUAUAUUGGGUUGUGUUCUUUUAUUCUUUCUAUAACCACUUUAAAGACUUUUACUGAAUAGAAUGAAUUACGAGUGCAGGUAUGAUUGCAGCAAUUGGUUUUUUCACAUAUAAAAGGAUGAGAGGAUGUAUACUAAUCAUUUGGAUGUUUGUGUGCCUCUUAAGUAAUGCUGUAUAUCUCUACCACAGCUGCAUAAUAUGAUUUUUAUUUCAACUAAAGUAUAUUCUUAAAGAUGACUAUGUAAGAAGUGUUGGACUCCAUGUGCAAUCUACAACAGAUUGCAUGUGAAUGUACACAGAGCCCUGGGCAAUCAGUGACAUAUUACAUAUGACUAGAUCACAUGCAGCUGAUGAUGAAUUACAUGUGAAUCUAUAGAGAAACACAGGCAAUCUAUGACAGAUUACAUGCCACUAUACACAGAGCCAUGGGCAAUCAAUGACAGAUUAUAACUGACAGUACUAUUUCACUAAACUUUGAUCCAAGUGCAUGGUUCCCUUUGACUUUACCACAGUGUAACUGCCUAUAUGGACAGCAGUCCAGCACAUAAUAAAAAGGCCACUUUGUGCCCAGAGUUAUACCCCAUGUGAUCCUGUUUGAACCAAUGGGUUUGAAUGGGAUGCUAGUCAGGGCAGAAUUGGGCCUGGUGUAGUCACACCAUCAAUCACACUGACACUGAUAGAGGUCCCCAGUGCAGAUUUCUCCUGGAGUCAUUCAAUCUAGAUCUAGCCUGGUCACAAGCAGAGAACUGGCCUGGUUUCAGAUUUCAUUACAGACUUAAAGCUCAGCCCAGGUUUUGGUGAAAGGCUGACUAAGGUUCAACAACCUGCCAAGUGAAUCUUGGGUGAACUUGGGCUGAUUUGUGGGGCCAGAUCCUAACUUGCUCCAGACUCUCUGUGCUGCUUUGAUGCACCAUGGCUAUAGAAUGGCCCCUUACAUGCAGUUGCAGCCAGCUGUAAUUUAGAGCAGCCAUGAUGAACCCAGCAAGCCCCAGCUUCAGGGAAGAGCAAAGGUUAGAAGUUGCCUUUCCUGUUCAUGCUCCUUUCUCACCCUCCCCCUUAGACUGUGCUGGGGUUGCUCUGGUGCAGUUGAGGGUCUGGGCCUUUGAGUUUCACAUUGCAAUAUGUUCAGCAGAACAAAGCGCGUGGCAGACGAGCGCUCCUGUUAGAUGCGGCAGCUCGCUACUCACUGCCGUGCAGCUUCAAGCAAUUCUGAGAGUGCUGUUUCAAUGUUCACCUGAAUGUCAAGCCUUCCCUUCAUUUUGUUGAGCAUCCUUAAUGCGAGCACCCUCUGGGUUGCUUCAGUGCAGCAAACACACGCAGAAACAAGACUCAGAGCAAACAAGACCUAAGUAAAAGUCCAGCUAAGUCAAUAAAAUUGUGCCUUGGAUUUUAAAAUAGCCACUUAUAAUCCCCCAAGGGUGAAGAAUUCCCUCGUGAGCAAAGGACCGAGCACUGAAUGACCUUGUCCAAAUGCGUGACAUUUUUAACAGACUAGAUGGAACAGAACAAAAGGCUCCUCCAGCGACGCUCAGGGACUAGUAAAUCAUUCAAAUAACUUGACAAACGACAAUCCAGAGAUGUAUAACUAUUAAUGAAACCUUACAGUGGCUGUGUUGUUUGAUUGCAUGUUUUAGACAGGUUCUAUCAAGAGGGACAAAGAGUUUGCAUUGUUGGAUUGCCCAAAUAUAUGUACGAGACUUUAACCAAAACCUUUUUAUGGUUAGUGUGAUUAUAAUUAGUCCCGUCUUCAUUUCGGUGAACAUAGAACCAUUUUCUUUAAUGUUUUAUGCACUUGGUAGGGAGUGUGGUCAUUGUUUUAUUCUCCAAAUUUGUACAGCUCAAAGAUAAACCACUCAGUUACACUAAAUACUGAAACGAUGAUGUGACUUUAUUUCAGGUAUUGUACGAACAUUUGUGAACAAGGGGUGCUGGAUGCAUUUGGGAAAUGGGAUGAGGGAUUUACAGCCGUUUAUUCAUUCCUUAGAUAUGUUAAGUAUCUGCUGAACAACAGAUCAGUAGUUUUAGGAAGACAAAUAGGAAUUUUGCAUGUAGACAAUACAAAGACAGAAGAAAACGGAUUGAUUAGCCUACUAAUAUCUUCAGGUUUGAGGAGAUGAAACCUAGAAAUGAGGUGAAUGGGUUGAUUUCUAGUGCCUAAACAGAACACAAUAUACAGCAUCCGAGAGCAGUUUCUCGUGUGAAGUUUGUAGUUGGCAGCACUUCAAACAUCGCAUCGUAGAGGAAUUAAACAUUUUAUUUUUCUAUCCAAUCACUGACCUAAGUAGAGGCAGGAGAGCUGAUUGAUCUAGAAAACAUACAGAAGUGUCUCAUACAAUUUAUGCGUUAAGCCAUGCUUUUCUCUUGCUACGGUGUACAGAGCCUAGCACAACAGGGGCCCAAAUUGUCUGGGGAUCUCUGCACACUACUGCAAUACCAAUAAAUAAAUACAUGUCAUAAUCGUUUUUAAUAAUGAUUUCAAGUGGGAUUUCCAAAAGGAGCUUAAGGGAAUUAAGCACCUAACUUCUAUGGAAAUUCAGUGCAGAUGGGCCUCAUUCCCUUUGGCCGAACCUUAGCUUUGGCACAAGCCCUGAACAAGGGAGCAGGUUGUUGCACUGCCCGUGGAGGGAGUAAACUCAGCUGUGUGUGGCAUAUGUUCCGUGGUGGACACUGGAACCAGGAUGCUGGCCUGGCUGGGGGUGUGGUGGAGCUAAUGCUCUGGCCUUUCCCCUCUAAGUUCUAGCCUCUCUCACUCACUUGCAUGAGGGGGGAUAUAGCAACUUUGUGGUGUCUGCUUCCUCUCCUAUGAGCUACCUGUGUUGCCGGUAAAGCGUUCCCCUACACUUCUUUGGCAUCACGCUAGCUGGGUCGCAAUCUGGACCUUAGGCUGCUCUGAAAAUCCCAGGCUGAAUGCAGAGGGGUUGGCUGACUUGAUUAGCUAUUGAGUGAUAGUACUAAGGAGUCCAUUGAUAUGACUAAGCAUUUGGGGCUUCAUUUCUCUCUCUAUCACAUGAAGAAAUGUUUACUUUAAUUUCGGACAGUCUGUUGACAAAAUCUACAAUACAAACUAAAGAUCCAAUCCUCCGGCCUGUACUCACGCAAAAUUCCCACUAAAGGCAACGCUCCUGAAGAAGGCACCACUGGUCGGUCUGGCUGAAUAAGGUCCGAAAACAUUGCUAAAAUGGUGGGGCAAGUCAGCACAGUCAAUUAGAGUGGGGUGUGCACAUCAAGGGGUAAAGUGAGCCCAAAGUUUGGUUCCCCUGAUGGUUUAGCACCAUCACUUAACUCCUGAGCCUUUGCUCAACACUGUACUGCUGCCAUCAGCAAGGAAACAGGUGCCCACAGAUGUUUUUGUUGUUAAAUUAAACCAGCCAUUUCCCUCCCUGUGCUGCAGAAGCAAGUGCAAAUAACGACGAGUAAACAGGGAAAAUGUCUAUUAUGAGGAUGACAUUUUAUUGUAUAUUUCAACCUCACCAGAUCUACUUAGAAGUGAAAGGGGCCAGAUUUAUGCCGCCAGGAACCUAAUAAAUGCAUACAGACCACUACAUCAAAGUGAAAAACGGUCACCCGACCUAGUCUGUAUUAUGUAGUAGCAAAAUCAGGUAGGGGCUAGGUGAACGUAGUAUGCAGUGCUUUAAUGCAAAGAAGAUUAAGAUCCAGUCAGCUCCACAAAGAACUAUGUUCACAGAGCAUCAGUCACUCAUUAUGCGGAAUGUGUCAGCGUGCCAAUAAGAACUGCCUGUAAGAGGAAACUGAUGCAUGGCAGGCAUUAACAAAUGCAAAGCCAGCUCCUAACUCAAAAAGUAUGCCUCCCUUGCGGGUCACAGAUAACAGUCCUGAAUAAACAGAUCACAGAUAAAGACAGGUGCAGAAAAGCCACCCACAAAAGGAAUGAGAGUGUGAAAAAGGGUUUGGGUGAGUGUGCUUCAAGAAAUGAUUUGUUCAGAUGUGAUCAUCUCCCGUGUGGCCCUGAGCCUCUGCUAAAGGAUGAGGGGCUGUGGAUCAGAGUGCACCAUUGUCAGGACACAGCCAUCUAUAGAGGAGUCUGCGUGGGAGACAAACAAGGUCCCCUCCAAUGGAAAACUCCCCAGAACCUGUUCAAAUAUUAUACUGAUGGAUAUGACAUGACAUUGAUUUACAUUUGAAGGGUUUAUGUGGUUCAUAGGACCAAUGCAGGCCCUCUGUGCAGGAGUGGAUUUCAUGCUGAGUUGUUUCUCCAGGCUUAGUGGGGGAGAGAAGAGAGAGAGAGAGUACUAGACUGGGGAUUCAGGAGACAGGGAAUCUAUUCCUAGCUCUGUCCCUAGAUUGCUAGGUGACCUUGGGCAAGUCAUUUCUCCCCGUACCUCAGUUUCCCCAUCUGUAAAAUGGAGCUAAUGAUACUGAACUCCUUUGUAAAGCGCUUCACAAUCUAGGGAUAGAAAGCUCUAUAUAAGAGCUAACCAUUUUGAUUAUUCGAUUAUUUCCAUUGAGGAUUGUCUGAGUAAGGACUACGUAAGAGCUACUGUAUAUGACCUUUCAUUUGAUGGCUCAUGGGAAAAUAAUGAAUUAGACUAACCACCUUUAUUGUGAGGAGACCUUUUUAUUGGUCAGUCUUUAUUUGGAUCCUUUUGUGAACAUGUCUUUCUCUUUGUCUAAUGCUGUGAUUUUAGUGUGAGUUCUCUAUUUAAGGAGACAAUCUUUGAAACACUUUGAUAUUUUGAAAUCCAUUUGUAUUUGGGAUGUUAUAGACGUUAAUAUUUGACAGCACAUUAGAGCAGAGAGUGCCUGGAGUAAUACAUCCUGGCUGUUGAAAAACCUCCUCUCCAAACAUUCCUGCCUAGGGUGAAGAGCUUAAUAAAAUUCAAAGGCAGGGAUCUCCAAAGACAUCAACAGCACUUGGAGCCAUACCCAGCACAAGGGCUCAGUGGCAUCCCACGCUGUGCAGGUGAGUGCCUGCAGCAAGCUCACAGGAGUUAUUGCAGCACUUGGGCCAAAGUUAGCUCCAAUACGCACAGAACUGGGCUGGUUUGAUCAAUAGAAAUGUGAAUGUGUACCUUUCCCCUUCCUCAACGCCUGGUUGCAAGGCGGGCUGUUGUUGACAGGGGGACCCAUUUGUCAGUGGACCUAGGCAGGCCCUCUCUCCUUCUCCAUUUACUGCUGGGUUUGGGAGCAGGUAAAUCUUUAGCCUCGGGGGGCCACUUGCUGCUGUCUGCUUCUCCUUGGCUGACAAGGACAAGGCUGUUUCCCAGGAUGAAAGCAACUAAGUCAGGUCACGCCUCUCUUUAAAAGCCUCCCCAAGCCGACUGAAUGUCAUUCCCCCACAGACAUCAGGCUGCUCACAAUAUCCCCGUGCCCAGUGGAGUCUGUGACUGUGCCAGAAAAGCGGAAAACAUAGGCAGCCAUGUAAUUCCCAGCACUGCUGGGAUGGAGCAAGAAGUCUCCACCACAGCUGCAGAGCUUGUGAAGCUCAUGGAAGCUUCAUAGGCCAGCUGCCAUGGUGCCCCAGGGGAGGGCCUUCGCUUUUCAGUCUGUUUCUUUUGCUGACUGGGAGCUUUCGGGUUAUCUGGAGUGGCAGCGUUUAGAUGGCCUUUCAUCCCAAAUUUAGUGAGCCAAAUGCAUGUGUGACAUUACUGACAUAACUUGUGACUGUAUAGAUCAUUGUUGCAACCACUGUUAUAUAUUUGCGGCAAAUAUUGUACAGAGGUUGUCGUGUAAGGUGUCUAUGGAAAGGUUAUGCUUUGCUGAUUAUGAUUAUGCUCUCUGUAUGGGUCUGUCAUUUUUAUAGUUGACGUUAUGAAUAUUGGCUAUGUACUUGUAUAUCAAUGUGUUUUGAGUCUAAGUAGCCUCAGUGAAGCAUUUGGUCAGCUUCUUGAGAAGGGACUAUUCUCAGUAAGUGCCCAAUCAAGAAACACUUAACUGACAAUGGACUUUGGGAGACGCCAAUCCACAUCUGAGCUUUCCUGGGAACGUUCAAACUAACAUGUAAACAAUGGCGUCGGCCUGCAAACUGUGUCGUGCAUGGACGUGUGACUUGUCCAUGUGACUCCAGCCUUCAUCUUGCUACUGUGAUUUUCCACAGUAAGAACAAAAGGUGUCCUUCCAUGGGCAAGAGGCUAACAGGCUGCUGCAUCUCCUCCAUCUUGUCUUCAAUCCUGUUUCUUGCCUCUGGAGGAACUUGGCUACAAACUGAAGCCGUGAACAAAGGACUGAAUGACCCAUCCCAGCUGUGGAUGUACUCCAGAGACUUGAUUUGAACCUGCAGUUUAUUCCAACACUGCUACAAGCCUGAACCAAGAACUUUGCCAUUACUGUAUGUAAUCAAUUCCAUUUAACCAAUUCUAGCUCUCAUCUAUAUCUUUUUCCUUUUAUGAAUAAACCUUUAGAUUUUAGAUGCUAAAGGAUUGGCAACAGUGUGAUUUGUGGGUAAGAUCUGACUUGUAUAUUGACCUGGGUCUGGGGCUUGGUCCUUUGGAUUGGGAGAACUGUUUUUCUUUUACUGAGAUAUUGGUUUUCAUAACCAUUCGCCCCCAUAAUGAGUGGCACUGGUGAUGAUACUGGAAACUGGGGUGUCUAAGGGAAUUGCUUGUGUGACUUAUGGUUAGCCAGUGGGGUAAAACCAAAGUCCUCUCUCUCUGGCUGGUUUGGUUUGCCUUGGUGUGCAAAGGAACCCCAGUCUUGGGCUGUAACUGCCCUGCUCUCAGCAAUUUGUCCUGAAUUGGUACUCUCAGAAGUGUCCCACCAAAGGCAACAUCAUUACAGCAUGUUAGGGUACAAACUCACCAAGCAAUUCUGCAGCCAGCCUGGAGGUGAGUUCUGCAGCCAGGAGAUCCUGGGAUGCACAGGCUCUGGGGGAUACUGAAUUAGGAGCGCACUUGACAAAUGUUUUAAUUCUUUAUUAUUGCUAUUAUUUGUCCAGAUGCCCCAAUCAGCAUCAUGGCCCCAUUGUGUUAACAAAUGAAAAACACAGCACAUGCUGAGAGUGCCCAUCCCAUCAACAAUACAUUUUGCAGGUAUCAGUGCAUGGGCACAAAGAGACAUGUGAAACAGACAUGAAAACUCAUGACUAGCAUUAAGGAUUGAUCUUUUUCUCCCUCAUUAUCUGUGCACGACAUCAUGCCUAACCCCUUGCAUAUGUUCCAUAGCUUCCUCUCUCAUCCAAAUCAGCUUUUCUGUUGAGACCGUUUUACUUUGUUUUUAAAAUGACACUUAAGCUGAUGCAAAGAAAAUGAACCAUGGUGAUUUCUUCUACAAAAGAGAAACGACACCUGCCUUUGGCUGAGGUGACUGGUUAGAAGGCCUAGGUUCGCAUUCUGCCACCAGAGUUGUAAAAAUGUCAUGCUGGCAGCCAUAAAACAAAACCAGAAGAUCUAGGGUGGCUUCUCACCUCUCUUUGUCCCUUGUUCCGUAAUGUUAAUAAAGUGCAGCUGCAGCAUAUGUAGCGUACCAUGCCCUGGGUUUUAGUAUGCAGAAUGCAGUGAUGCUGCUUGUGUUAUGAUCAGGAAGGAAAUACUGUAUAUGAGAAACUAUAAAACCAGCAGAAUUGAGGACAAUGGAGCAGUAGGUGGAGGCCAUUUCGUAAGUACAUCUAUUGCAAAUACAGCCGGGCAGGUUUGGGUCUGUGGAUCUCCUGCACCCUUUCAUUUCUGAGAACCAGCCUUGCUGUAAAUCUACAGGGCAGCCCAGGUCACAUCCUGUUGCUAUUGGGUUCAGCCCUUAACUUCCCCUUAUGAACCUUAGUGAGUCUCAGGAAAGUGGCUGCUGUGCUAGGAGAGAAACCUGCACCCAUGGACGGAGCGCUUGUUCCAUUGACUUAUUAGCAUAUUAGGAGAAUGAAGGGCCAUAUUUUGAGAUGUCCAGGCAUGAAGCCAAGUAAGCUAUUCUGUCCAGGCAUCAAUCUGAUCAUCAGAACUCAACAGAAGUUGUCUAUGAGAGAGACACCUCUCCUUGGAGAGGAGGCACUAUAGCUAUGCUUGAAGGUAAGGGGAUAAAGUUUAUGGAACAAGGUGAGUGGGGAGAUUGCUUCAGCUCCUCAGUGAUGCUACGCGAAGGGGAUUUGUGGCGCCUUGUGUUCAGACUUCCCUUGUGGGGACCACUCCUGUGAGUAGUGAAGUAAUCACACCUAUUGAGUCCUUAGCUUCUCUGCUGAGGAUGUCAGCACGGCAGCCAAACUGCGCCAGUUGCGGUGGAGGAUUUUGUAAUGUUGACACCUGUUCAGAAGACCUGUACUGACCCUUCCCCAGCACAACUCAUUUCUCUGAGGCCACAAAACAACCAUCAGGUAGAAAUGUCCUCCCGGUUGGUACAAACCUGGGCUGGACUUUGGUGGUGAGAUGUAGAUGAAAUAGGCACAUUUGCCCCUUUCUAGACACUGAAGCCUUUUAGUCUCUUCUUGGAUCAUUAGAUUUUUUGGUGACCAAUUGCCAGGUCACAUCACUUAAGUAAGAGGGUGGCUUCCCUGAAACCAAAAGAGCUGUUUUAAAAAUGCACUUGAAGCUCCCCAUGGUGCUGUCUAUUGGCUGGCUCUAUGCUCACCCGAACUGCAGGGCGGGCAGAUGAAAACCCUCAUCUCUGGAGAUAGUCGAAUUUCAUGAACUAUUUCACCCCAGCUAUCUCCAUAUGGCAUCUGACACAUCCCUUCCCCCCCCUCCUCCCCCCCCUCCCCCCCCCCCCGAGAGAGGAUCCUUAGGGAAAAGCAACCUAGAGAAAUUGAUGAUGUGAUCACUCCAGCUAAGCAUCUCAGCACUGGACCAGCAAGUCCCUUUGAUGGAUGCGGAUGGCCUGCGUUGCAUUUCAUGGAUGGGUGAGGGGAGCAAGCUGCACUCAUAAUUCCCUUUAGGGACCAAUGAGUCACUCUAUAACUAUCUGAAAAAUAUGUCUGCUAGUUUCAAAUAGGCUGUGUUUUCUUUCACAAUGUUCAUCUCCUCUCCAGUCAGUGAUGGUUAUUUCCUGUGUGCUCCAUGGGGGAUAAGUUUUUCCAUCUCAGCUAAGGGUAAGAGCACAGAGUUUUCUUUUCUUUUUCCAAUUCGCUAAAUGGAAGGGAGGAAGAAAUAUUUACACUGGACUAGAAGUUUAACUUAUGAUGUAGAUUUUUAUAGCCAGUUGGGUCUGUGACACUGAACACUCUUUUCUGUCUUGAUGAUCUUCCACCUGAUUAAGGAACAUAGACUGUAUUUUACAAAAUGAAAUAAAACAGAGGUUAGGGUAUGUUCUGACAUUCUUUUUCUCUUAGGUCUGUGACCAAAUGGCUUGAUUCUACACUGGUGUAUCUCUACUGAAUUCAGUAGAACCUGUGUUAGAAAAUCUUCAUUCAAAUUAUGAAUGGCUGUUCGACCGUGUUCCUGUCCUUUAUUAAUUAUUUGUUAAUAGGGUUUUUUCAUACAAAUUUUUGGGGGGUUGGCUGUUCCUCGUGCAAAUAUCUGUAUUUACUCGCAUACAAAAUUAUCCAUCAUUUUUUGUUAUUUGUAAUUCAUUAUUCUGUUUUAAAACUUUCAAUCAUCCAAUCAGGGAGCUGAAGCAAUACCAUGUCACAGAGGUGACCAAUCAUACAGCCCAAUUAACAAAUGACUAGCAAAUAUUGAAGGUGAUCAGUACUCAAGUAAUCCAUUCGUUCCAAGUUGUUCAUCCAAACUAAUAACAAAUACAUUUGCCGAAAUCUGAAUUGGUUCAUGACUGAUUCAUUUGAAAAAGGGGAAUAACUUCAUCAGAUCAUUUAUUCAUAAUGAAUAAUUCAACUAGCUCUAAUAUAUUUAAGAGCACUAUUUUAUGAUUUCCGUGCUGAUACUCUAUAAAUCUGACAAAAACAUGAACUAGGGGAAAGAUACAGUAUUCACUGAAAAAGUUGAAAAGCUGGUGCUGAGGUUGUUUGAUGAGACAGUGAAUUGAAAGCUCUUACCAAGUACAAAUGUAACCCCUAGCAUUUCUUAUGCAUGAAACAAUUAAAAAUCAUCCCACAGAGGUGAAUUGCCAAAGCUUAUAUCAUCAGAUCAUACCCUCCCCCACCCUCUGAAAAGCAGCAAGCAAAACGGGGAUAAAAUUAUAGAAAUUUUAAGUAUGUAACUUUCAAGAUCAAAGUGCUUGCAAGGAAGUCUUGCAACUUAUUCAGCACGGGGUGUAGUUUCAUUUCUCCAGCCCCUGUCAUCUGCUCAACCUUGGCGGUAGUUCAAAGAAAAGAAAAGAAAAAAGGAAAAAGAGGGAAGAAAUAUGUUCCAUAUGAGGACAAUAUAAAGUUCACUUGGGAGCUGUGAUCUGAGCACUCCUCCUGGGCUUCCAACCCAAGAUCUUCAUUCUUUGGCCAUCAGGGACGUACCUUGCCUAUGAUAUUGCACUUGUUAGAAUGCUUCAGUUGAAGAUCAGCAAUUGACCAGCUAUUCUUUAAGGUAUGUGAUGCUAUUUCAGCUUUGGGGUGUCAUCUCUAUAGUGUAGUAACAUGCCUAUGCCUAUGCCUGUGAAUAUGGCUAGGUCCAUUCCUUGCUGGCUUAAUUCUUCCUGACACUGUCUUUCUUAAACUUCGCCUUCUUCAGAUUGUCAUGUUGCCCUUUUAUUAUACCAGGGAUUUAUUCUUUGCCUGUUCAGUCAGGAGGAGGCAGUCACUAUGAAGAUCCUAGGGGCACUGGUGACUUUGUUGCUCCUGGGGGAAGCGGUGUCUCAAAGCAAACGUAAUUCCAAAGCUCACAUGAAGACUCCUGCCCAGAAUCGAAAGGGCCCUAACCCCAGUGGGGAACUGGAGCACACUGCUGGUGAGGAAGAUGUCUCUGUGGGAGUUCUUCCUCCUGUGGAAGAUGCCUUGGCACCACAGCUCAGAAACACCUCACUUGCUUCUUGGCAUGCUCAGAAGGCACCCAAGGACAUGAAACUUUUCUUUCUGAAGAACCCCCUGGUCACCUGCAAUGAUGGGACAACAGCUGGGUAUUACUUAAGGGAGCACAAAGGGAGCAAGAGAUGGAUCAUAUUCUUAGAAGGUGGCUGGUGCUGUUAUAAUAAAGAAACAUGUGAUACCAGAUACAAAAAUAUCCGUCGCUUAAUGAGCUCAUCUGAGUGGCCUCAAACAAAGAAAGGGACAGGCAUUUUGUCUGCCCAGAUGGAGGAGAGCCCUCACUGGUGGAACGCCAAUGCAGUGUUUGUACCUUACUGCUCAAGUGAUAUCUGGAGUGGAUCUUUGCCCAAGUCACAGCAAGCAGACUAUGCCUUCAUGGGAUCGCUAAUUAUCCAGGAGGUGAUUAAAGACCUGGUUCCUAAGGGAAUUAAGCAAGCUAAAGUGGUCCUGCUUGCUGGGGCAAGUGCUGGUGGGACUGGUGUGCUACUGAACCUGGAGAGGGUGGUGGCCCUUCUGGAGGAGCUGGAGGCUCAGGCAGUCCAGGUCAGAGGACUUGUUGACUCUGGCUGGUUCCUGGACAUUAAACAUCCAAGGCAAUCUGAUUGUUCAGAUGCUGCCUCUUGUGCCCCAGUGGGUGCAAUCAAGAAAGGACUCAGGAUGUGGAAUGGAAUCCUUCCAGAAAAAUGUAAACAGCAGUUCAAAAGAGUUAAUGAGUGGCAGUGCUUCCUUGGAUAUAGGUUGUAUUCAUCCUUGAAAUCUCCAGUUUUUGUGGUUCAGUGGCUGUUCGAUGAGGAGCAGCUGAAAUUAGAAAAUAUCCAUCUUGGAAGUCAGCUCCUAACAGAAAAUCAAUGGAACUACCUACAAAACCUUGGGCGAGAACUUAGGAACUCAUUGCGUGAUGUCCCAGCUGUGUUUGCACCUGCAUGCCUGUCUCACACGCUGAUUACAAAAAGCUACUGGCUGGGAUUUCAAGUGAAGGGCAUUUCUUUGGCCAGAGCCUUGCAGUGCUGGGAGAAGAGCCUUCAAGACAGCAAUAAAGCCCCAAAGAUCCCCAUGAGAAGUUGUCCCUUCCAUCUGAUUGAUAACUGUCCAUGGCCCCAUUGCAACCCCACCUGCUCAGUUCUGCAUGACCACAGCACAGGCCAAGAAGUCAACUUCAUGCAGACUUUAUUCAGGAUGCGACUUGAUGUCCACAGGAAAGCUCAGGAGCUCAAACCAGACCCCAGUCAACUGGGAAUGCUCAGCAAUGGUGGCUAAUGCAUAAGCUUGACAUCCCUGUGGGUUAAUUGUAGCUCAGUGUCAAACAAUGCUGAGGCUGAGCAAAAGUCAAGGGUUUCCGUAGAGUUUAGGCACUUAUGGGGAUGUUCGUGUUCUGCCAGUCACCUGGUUGUAAUGACUGAUGUUUAUGUCAAUCUUACCUUGCACUGCUGCUGUUUCAAUCAUGUGAACUCACAGCCUCAUUUUUACUCCACUGCGUCUGACAUAAGCCGCAGUACGGUUUGGAGGGCGCUACACAUUUUAGGGUUUUUUGGUGGGGGGCAAACAGGGAUGAUUGUUGAACAAUCUUCAUUCACUUCCCUUUACACUCUGACUGAAUACCACCAGAUGACUGGGGGAUUAGCUGAGUCGAGUCUUCAUUUUGCAUGAUAACCUAAGAAAGUCUGAUUUCCUGUUUUCAUUUUAAUUCCAUUUGCUGCCUAUUAAUAAAAUGAAGAGUGUGAACAAAAUAUUGAUCAAGCUUUGAAGGGCUUUGACUCAUUAGGAUGAAUUACUCUCAGGCAGACUGAUCCCUCCUGUAGAAAAGCCCAGGAGAGUGGGCUGUUCAGACUGUGCAGUUUCUCCACUCUGUUCCCCCACGUUGCCCAAUCAAGGAAGGAGGUUUGCCUCCUUGUGAAAUGAACACGGGACUCCCCCCACAGAUGCAGAGAGCCACACAGAGUGGGGAUGAUGCACACAAGGCCACCAAGGCUUUCCACAUGGAAGCUUUGUAUCUCUACACCGGCUCUGGGUGGUUGCGUGGUGGGAUGCUCUAUCCCUCUGUUGCCAGCACCCAGUGCCGACAGGCUGAACAAC